AUGGCAUCCACUGAACCCUCCUCCGUGCAACCUCCUCCGGAAGCUUCGCCUGAUGCUGCACCCUCCGAUCUCGUGCUGCUUGUUUUCAUUCAUGGGUUCAAGGGCGACGAUUCGACCUUUCGAGAUUUUCCCCAACGUCUGCAGCACAUUGUGUCUGAAAGCCUUGACCAUACGUUGGUAGAAAGCAUCGUCUUCCCUGCGUAUGAGGUACGGGCGCGAUUGCUGAUGGCACUAUCUAACGCAGCAGUCGUACUCUUCGCGGACUGGCUCACCGAGGCCACCGUUCGGCGCGAGGUCGCAAAUGGUGGGGCAGGGAAGGCAAAGAUCGUGUUGUGCGGACACAGCAUGGGCGGUCUCCUUGCCGCCGACGCUCUCAUCGAGUUCGUCCAAACUCUGCCCGACAAAUACGCCCCACUCUGGCCCAACAUCGUCGCGUGCCUAGCGUAUGACACUCCGUACCUCGGUCUCCACCCACACAUCUUCAAGAACCAGGCGAACCAAGCCGUGCAGUACGUCUCCACUGCGAGCAGCAUGCUCAGCAGCCUCAAGUCGUGGGGCGGCUUCGCCGCCGAGCCGAGCUCCCCGCCCCCGCCCCCCGUUCCUCCGAAGGGUGCGAUCGCCCCCGCCCCUCCCGCGGCCGACGCCGCAUCCACCACUGGCGCGACGUCCCUCUGGCAGAAGUGGGCCGCGCCCGCGGCGUACGCAGCCGGCGCCGCGAUCCUCGCCGGCGCCGCCGCGGGCGCCGUCUACUCCAAGCCCGACGUCGUCAGCGGCAGCUACACCUGGGUGUCGGACCACAUGAAGUACGUCGGGAACCUCUGGAGCCGUGAGGAGCUCGAGGCGCGUCUCCUGAAGCUCUUCGCGAUCCAGACCGAGCACGGCGUGCUCUUCCACACGUUCUUCACCCUGCUCCCGCCGCGCCCCCCAAACUCCCCCGAGGCGCGGACGUUCACGCUCCUGCCGCCACCGCGGUCCGUCGCGGCGUCAUACUUCGCGCCGAACACGAACACGCUCGCGGAAGACGAGAUCCAGGCGCACACGGGCAUGUUCGGCACGCAGACGAACGACGGCUACUACGAACUCGGCCUGUCCAGCGCAAAGCUCAUCCGGGAGGCCGUC